UAGAUCUACAAGCCGUAAAUCACACGGUUAACUAUAGCUGCAUAUUGGCGAGGAAUGGAUCCGAGUCGCAUUGACAUUGACUCAUGUUUGUGUCCAGACGGCAAGUGGCAGUGUCCAGUGGGAGACUGCAAUCAAAAACUAUCUCGAAAGCAAACUUUGAAGCAACACAUAACAUCGUUACACGAUAUAGACGUGAGAUGGGAAGUAAAACAAUACAAGCUGUAUGAGUUCGACCAAUCAAUACCUGUCCCCAGAAGUACACAGGCAUGGAAAAGGAAGCGGCUACGUGAGACUUCAACUUGCAGUUCAUCAGCAUCACCAGAGAAGCCACCAGACAUUGGAGAAGUGAGAGAUAUUAGUUAACAAAUUACAUGUAGUUCAG